GGCCUGCAGAGCGUGGCCGUGGGGACGCUGAGGGAGGGCGCGCACGGAGCAGAGGCCCACGAGCGUCCGACAGGGGACCUGGACAGAGGGACGCCCCUAACAUUAUUACCCUCUCCCCAGGCCUGAAUUGCAGUUCCUGUGCUCUGGCACUAAGACUGGCACCUCCUGCGGCCCAUGCCUUUUGCCUGCAUUGCCCACUGAAUCCAACUCGACUGUCUUCAGCCUGGUUCACACUGAGGCUCAGCCCUCUCCCACUGGCCGGGAGCAGGCCCACCUUUAGGAGGGCGUGAUGGAAAGGCCCCUGGAGGAUGGGGAUGAGUCCCCAGACUACCAGGGCCAUGCCACCGACUGGAGAUUUGCUGUGUGCAGUUUCAGGGAUGCCUGGGAAGAGGAGGAACCUGCUUCCCAGAUGCAUGUUAAGGACCCGGGUUGUCCGAGACCACCAACCGGGGCCGCCCAGGAUGAGGGGCUACAGGGCAGCCCCUUGUCCAGGAAGCUUCAGUUACUCCUGGCCGCAGAUGAGUUGGGGGAUGCCCAGAGGGGCAAAGUAGAAAGCUCCUCAGUCCUGUCAGAAGGGCCAGGUCCCUCUGGAGUGGAGAGCCUCCUAUGCUCCAUGUCCUCCCACCUCAACUUGGCACAGGGUGAGAGUGACACCCCAGGGGUAGGGUUGGUAGUGGACCCAGGUCCAAGCAGGGUGAUGCCAUCUGGCUUGAGCCCUGGGGGAUUGGACAGCAACCCUGUGGGCCUUGGAGACCCUUUAUCAGAUAAAUCAUCAAAGCUGCUGGAGGCAGCCCCCAGUGGAUCCAGCCUCCCUAAGCCUGCUGACUGCCUCCUGGCCCAAGACCUCUGUUGGGAGCUGCUGGCCAGUGGUAUGGCCACCUUGCCAGGGACUCGGGAUGUCCAAGGCCGGGCAGUACUGCUUCUGUGUGCCCACAGCCCAGCCUGGCUUCAGCCUGAGUGCAGCAGCCAGGAACUCAUCCGCCUCCUGCUGUACCUGCGAAGCAUCCCCAGGCCCGAAGUACAGGCACUGGGACUGACAGUGCUAGUUGAUGCCCGAAUUUGUUCCCCAAGUUCUUCCCUCUUCUCUGGGCUCAGCCAACUACAAGAAGCAGCCCCAGGGGCCGUGUACCAGGUGCUGCUAGUGGGAAGCAUGCUGCUGAAGGAAGUGCCUUCCGGGCUGCAGCUGGAGCAGUUGCCCUCUCAAAGCCUUCUGACCCACAUCCCAACGGCGGGGCUGCCCACUUCGCUAGGAGGAGGCCUGCCUUACUGCCACCAGGCCUGGCUGGAUUUCCGGAGGCGGCUGGAAGCCCUACUGCAGAACUUACAGGCAGCUUGUGCCCUGCUCCAGGGGGCCAUCGAAAGUGUGAAGGCUGUGCCCCAACCCAUGGAGUCUGGGGAGGUCGGUCAGCUGCUACAGCAGACAGAGGUCCUGAUGCAGCAGGUGCUAGACUCACCACGGCUGGCAUGGCUACAAUGCCAGGGGGGCCGGGAGCUGACAUGGCUGAAGCAAGAGGUCCCAGAGGUGACCCUGAGUCCAGAUUACAGGACAGCAAUGGACAAGGCUGACGAGCUAUAUGACCGGGUGGAUGGAUUGCUGCACCAACUGACCCUACAGAGCAACCAGCGAAUACAGGCCCUAGAGUUGGUCCAAACACUGGAGGCCCGGGAGGGCGGACUGCACCAGAUUGAAGUGUGGCUGCAGCAGGUGGGCUGGCCAGCGCUGGAGGAGCCUGGGGAGCCCUCGCUGGACAUGCUGCUCCAGGCCCAAGGCUCUUUUCAGGAGCUGUACGAGGUUGCUCAGGAGCAGGUCAGGCAAGGGGAGAAGUUUCUGCAGCCACUGACUGGCUGGGAGGCGGCUGAACUGGGCCCCCCUGGGGCACGCUUUCUGGCCCUGCGAGCCCAACUGACUGAAUUCUCUAGGGCUUUGGCCCAGCGGUGCCAGCGGCUGGCGGAUGCUGAGAGGCUGUUUCAGCUCUUCAGGGAGGCCUCGAUGUGGGCUGAGGAGGGGCAGCGAGUGUUGGCAGAGCUGGAGCAGGAACGCCCAGGGGUUGUGUUGCAGCAGCUGCAGCUGCACUGGACCAGGCACCCUGAUUUGCCUCCUGCCCACUUCCGAAAGAUGUGGGCUCUGGCCACGGGGCUGGGCUCAGAGGCCAUCCGCCAGGAGUGCCGCUGGGCCUGGGCACGAUGCCAGGACACCUGGCUAGCCCUGGACCAAAAGCUUGAGGCUUCACUGAAGCUACCACCGGUGGGCAGCACAGCUAGCCUGUGUGUCAGCCAGGUCCCCACUGCAUCUGCCCAUCCUCCCCUGAGGAAGGCCUACAGCUUCGAUCGGAAUCUGGGGCAGAGUCUCAGUGAACCUGCCCGCCACCGCCACCACGCGGCCACUAUUGCUGCCUGCCACAGACCAGAGGCUGGAGGAGGUGCCCCGCCCCAGGCAUCCCCUACUGUGCCUCCACCGGGCAGCUCUGACCCCAGGAGCCCCAACAGGCUACAGCUGGUGCUGGCAGAGAUGGUGGCCACGGAGCGGGAGUAUGUCCGGGCUCUAGAGUAUACUAUGGAGAACUAUUUCCCCGAGCUGGAUCGCCCCGAUGUGCCCCAGGGCCUCCGUGGCCAGCGUGCCCACCUCUUCGGCAACCUGGAGAAGCUGCGGGACUUCCACUGCCACUUCUUCCUGCGUGAGCUGGAGGCUUGCACCCGGCACCCACCACGAGUGGCCUAUGCCUUCCUGCGCCAUAGGGUGCAGUUUGGGAUGUACGCGCUCUACAGCAAGAAUAAGCCUCGCUCCGAUGCCCUGAUGUCCAGCUAUGGGCACACCUUCUUCAAGGACAAGCAGCAAGCUCUGGGGGACCACCUGGAUCUGGCCUCCUACCUGCUAAAGCCCAUCCAGCGCAUGGGCAAGUAUGCGCUGCUGCUGCAGGAGCUGGCACGGGCCUGCGGGGGCCCCACGCAGGAGCUCAGUGUGCUGAGGGAGGCCCAGAGCCUUGUGCACUUCCAGCUGCGGCACGGAAACGACCUGCUGGCCAUGGAUGCCAUCCAGGGCUGUGAUGUUAACCUCAAGGAACAGGGGCAGCUGGUGCGACAGGACCAGUUUGUGGUGCGCACUGGGCGCCACAAGUCUGUGCGCCGCAUCUUUCUUUUUGAGGAGCUGCUGCUCUUUAGCAAGCCUCGCCAUGGGCCCACAGGGGUUGACACAUUUGCCUAUAAGCGCUCCUUCAAGGUAGGCCUGCCCACCCCAGGCCCCGCCACUUAUGUUCCCGACCCAUGCCUUACCAAGCCCCUCUCUCCCCGCUGGCCACAGAUGGCAGACCUUGGUCUCACUGAGUGCUGUGGGGACAGCAACCUGCGCUUCGAGAUCUGGUUCCGCCGCCGCAAGGCCAGGGACACCUUUGUGCUUCAGGCCUCCAGCCUAGCCAUCAAGCAGGCCUGGACAGCUGACAUCUCCCGCCUGCUUUGGAGGCAGGCCGUCCACAACAAGGAGGUGCGCAUGGCUGAGAUGGUGUCCAUGGGUGUGGGGAACAAGGCCUUCCGAGACAUUGCCCCCAGCGAGGAAGCUAUCAACGACCGCACCAUCAACUAUGUCCUGAAGUGCCGAGAAGUUCGAUCUCGGGCUUCCAUUGCCGUGGCCCCGUUAGACUAUGACAGCCUCUACCUGGGAGCCUCGAACUCCCUUCUUGGAGACCCUGCCUCUUGCUCUGUUCUGGGAUCCCUCAACCUGCACCUGUACAGAGACCCAGCUCUUCUGGGUCUCCACUGUCCCCUGUAUCCCCCCAACUUCCUGGAGGAAGCAGCACUGGAGACUGAGGCAGAGCUGGGCGGCCAGCCCUCUUUGACUCCUGAGGACUCAGAGGUCUCAUCCCAGUGCCCAUCAGCCAGUGGCUCCAGUGGCUCUGACAGCAGCUGUGUGUCAGGGCAGGCCCUGGGUAGAGGCCUUGAGGACUUAUCCUGUGUCUGAGCUCGGGACUGGACGAGCAGUAGAUCCAGCAGCCUGCAGCUCCAAGGAACAUUGCCUCUCUGGAUCUGCUAUGACCAGGGUGUGGCGGACACCUGGGCCUCCUCCAACCUACGUGUGCAGAACUGUUGACUACCCUUUCUGAUGUGUGUGGCCGUCGGACUAACUGGCACGGGGCCUCUCUAGGGGAGUCUGGUUGUAGAGCCUGAAUAGGCUCCUGGCCCCAUGACCCCUUCUCCUGUCCUCAGCUCCCAUCCCAGUUGUGGGUUAAGAAGAGGCUAGAGCAGACAUUGAGUGUUUCCAUGCUAUAGGCUGGUGGGGGACUAUGUGCCUCUGGGCAGUGACUAGGCUGCCCCCACCCCUCAGGAAAAACACAGGUGGGCUCCUAGCAGCUGAUCCCCAAUCCCUGGCCUUAAAGCCGAGCUGUUACUAUAGGGGCAGGUCCACCUCUACAGGGCCCUGAUGCUUGCCUGUCCUGGCCCCCAGGCCCAGCCACUUAUUUACAGGGGCAUUUUGGUUAUUUUGACUUGAUGCCUUUUGAAUAACUUUCAACAGAGUUGUCUAAAAUUAUCUUACUGGUUGUUAGGCCUUUGGUGUCUCAGAGAAGGAGUCUAGGUCUUUGAUGUGUGAUUUACUGUUUUAUUUGUUUAUAAUAAAAAGUAGACUGAUAUGUA